GAUGCUGAAGAAGUAAGCGAAGAGGAAGAAGUACAGAGCGUUGGAGCGAAUUCAGAAGUUUCUCAAUCAAAUAAGAUUGCCGAGGAUAAUGAGGAAAAUGAGGAGGGUGAGGAAAAUUUAGGCUCAUCUAGCGAUGCUACCAGCCAAGACAAAGCAGUAGCUGUGGAACCAAGGGGAACGGAUGAUAAUGCAGAAGAAAAAGAGGAAGACGGUCUGCGUAAGGAGGAGGAGGAAGAGCAGCCUGGCCCAUCGAAACGUCGACGUAUUAUGCUGUCCAGUGAUGAAGAGGAUGAUAUGGAUAAGACGCCAGCAUCACCAAAAUCCAGAAAAGUUUGGGAUUUUGAUGUUAUGAUGCGUGAGAAGAAGGCAGAACGGCACAGGCCACGUAGGCGACGUCGUGAUGGUUCGAUUGAUAUCGGUGGCGCCUACGAUGAUCAGAUCAGAAUGCUUAUCGAUGCUAUGAAAGCUGCUGCGAAGGUGCAGUUUUUGCUAAAAUCUGAAUUUUUUAGUGGAGAAGCCUCUAGACUGUUUCGAACAGUCUUCAUUUAUAGGUUGAGAUAG